CGUGGUUAAUGGGGGUUUUAACGUCCUGACGUUACUGCUGUUCUUGUUUUGGCAGUUUGUUUCGUUAUUCACGGUUUGUCAGUUGACCAAGAAGGCGUAUUAUACCCGAGAUCCCAGACGGAGCUGAGAUGGUACUGAUUGAGCAGUGAUUGCGUACGUGGGCUGAUUCAGGGAGCUGCUAAGUGUAGUUUCACAAUGGCAGAUGGAGGCAGCGAUGAUGACGUCAUUCACCUGGUAAGCUUCAACGUCCAUCGAAGCCAAGGCUCGCGUGCCCAUCCAAGAGAGCUCAUCACCAUUUCUGAUGACUCGGAUGAGGAGCCUGUGACUCUUGUACCCGGCAGUCCUGUUUUAGUGCCGGACGAUGCAGAUGAUGACGACGUUAGCAUACUGGAGCCGCUAACUCCUGCACGUAGACAUGUGAUCCGCCCAGCAGCAAAAUGGAGCGGCGCCUCGGACAACUCGGUUCAAGUUGUUGGUCUAAGCAGUGCACCUUCAGGGGUUUCCAAACGGGACCCUGACCCUGCCUCUGUCCCCUCUACCUCGAGAGAUGCCAAAGCCACCAUGGCUCCCCAACCAGCCAUACAAGUGCAGACACCGGCACACUCGAGCACAUUUGGAAACACACUGCCACAACCUGGCCCUUCAUCACUGUCCCAGCCAAAACUGACCACAAACUCACAGCAGCAUGAAGGUACGUUGGCACACACAAACGCGGAGCUCCAUGCAGUUUCUUCUGCCCACACCCCAUCUACCUCCACACAUGCCAAGGCCAACACCAUCUCAUCCAGAAUAAAAGUAGAAGCACUUCUCCAGCCUCAGCCUAGCACAUCUGGACUCUCGCAGCUACAAGCUGGCUCCUCAGCACAGUUACCGGUGGAGCGUCAGGCUAGUGCCUCUGCCAGUGCCACGAGCUAUAUUUGUGCAGCUGCAGUGGCUGCAUCAAGUUCUUCUACAAAAACUCAAGAAAAGGCUAGUACAAGUAGCCUUACACAAGACAAUCCUCAGGCCAGUACGUCAUCCGCACAUUCUCGGUCUCACAUAUGGACACAGCCUCAGCCUGGUAGUUCUUCACGGUUCCAGUCUGCUGGAACAGCAUCAGUGCGGCCCCGCCUCAUCCAGUUGAAGGAGGUAAAGCUAGUUGUUCUUCCGCAACAGCCAACCCAAGCUUCAGCUCUAAUAACCCAGCCCCAGUCGCAGCUUGGGCGCCAGGGUCUGCUUCAGCCUGUGGCAGUCAGUCGAAUGCAGGGCAAUCUCAUUCAGAUUGAGCCACAACCACUGGCUCAGGCCCCUGCCCAGUCUGCGAUCCAGCCUCCUCAAGCUCCUCAGGUUAUACCAGUGAUCCCCCCUGCAGUUCUAAUAGCUGCAGCCCCAGAGAGACUAGGUCAUCCAGAGGCAGGCCACCGGAUCAUCCUGGGGAGCCAGGCACCCGAGAAUGCCGUUCCAAACCCUCCAGCACAGGCUGGUCCCUCGGAUAUGGUUCAGCCAGCCAGCGGCCUUAACAUCAGGGUACCUAAUGUGAACUGUAACCGUCCUGCUACUCUGGCUCCUACAGCUUCAGUCCCCCACAACAGAGGAGAAGAGCAUCUUAUUCUGGCCCCGAACCCAGGAAGAGUCAAUCCAGCCCCAGUUCUGGUAGUAGUGCCCCCUGCACCAGAGGACAUUCCCCAGAUAGAGGAUGCAAGGCCUGGACCCUCUGCACAACAGGAUAGACCAGAGCACCAGCCUCAUGUUAGAGCCCUUAUCAGUCGUGUUCUGGAUUUACUCCCGGACGUCCAAGAAACCUAUGUAGCAGAACUGAUCCAAAAGAAUAAUGUGAAAGACUUGAAUGUUAUCUGUAACCUGCUGUUGGAGAAUCCAGAUUAUCCGAGGAAAGAGACAGCAGCAGCUGCAGCAGCACCCACCAGCAUCCUACUGGAGUCUGGAGACACCCAAAAUGAGGUGACUGAGGACUUGUUUGACUAUGCCAAGCUGGGCACGGUGGGACCCGAAGUUGUGAUGCAGGCCGCUGACCUGCUCAUGGCCGAUUUCAGGAUGCUCAGCUGUCAGGACAUCAAAUGGGCCCUCAACGCCCUGAAGGGACACUAUGCAAUCACACGCAAGGCCUUAUGUGAAGCUCUGAAGAAGUGGCAAGAGUCAGGGGACCCGUCGGGAAAGAGACGACGGAGCAGGACCUCCUUGGAGCGCUGCUACAUCGAUUUCCAUUUUGAGCAUGGUUCGGUGAAGUUUGACAAAAGGAUGUACUUCUUGGAGAAUGACCGUCGUUACUGCAGGACUUACAACAGUCUGGAAGCCUCUGUGCAGAAGGAGCUUACAUUUUAUCAGCAGAAGGCCAAGGAAUGGGCAGAGCAUGAGGACUUCCUCCUUGCUCUUCAGGUCAAUGAAGAUGAGUAUAAAAAGGACGGUCAGCUGAUCGAGUGUGGCUGCUGUUUUGGGGAGUUUGCGUUUGAGAAGAUGACGCAGUGUUCGGACGGUCACCUGUUCUGUAAAGAGUGCCUGGUCAAAUACGCUCAGGAGGCCGUGUUCGGCUCUGGGAAGUCGGACCUGAGCUGCAUGGAGGGGGGCUGCCCGUGCUCCUACCCUGUGUUUGAGCUGGAGAAGGUCCUACCAGAAAAUAUACUGUGUAAAUAUUAUGAGAGGCAGGCGGAGGAGGCAGUUGCUGCUACCUGUGCAGAUGAGUUAGUGAGGUGUCCAUUUUGCAACUUUCCAGCGUUGCUGGACAAAGGCAUGUCUCUGUUUAGCUGUCCCAACCCUCGGUGCCGCAAGGAGAGCUGUCGGAAGUGCCACGUCCAGUGGAAGCAGCAUGUGGGGAAGACGUGUGAGGAGGUCCUGGAGAGGGAUGAGAUCCGCAUGAGAGUGCUCUUUGAGGAGCGUAUGACAGCGGCUCGGGUCAGGAAGUGCGUCAAGUGCGGGACGGGCCUGGUGAAAUCGGAGGGCUGCAACCGGAUGUCGUGCCGCUGUGGCAGCUUCAUGUGCUACCUCUGCCGUGAGCCCAUCACCGGCUACAACCACUUCUGCCAGCACGCCCGGUCUCCCGGCGCUCCCUGCCGCCACUGCCGCAAGUGCUCCCUCUGGACCGACCCCACGCAAGAUGACGAGCGAAUCAUUCAGGAGAUCCAGAAGGAGGGUGAAGCGGAGCUGAAUAAGAAGUGUGCAGAUAAUUCAGGGAAGAGGGUCGGCCCACCCCCAGAGCCCAUUGCAGAUGGCAAGCGGCCCCGUGUUGGUCCACCCCAAGAAAACCCACCCAAUCCUUACCCACUGGCCCCUCCUCACCCCCAGGCGGUACAGGCUCCCCUUUUUGUCCCUCCGCGUCCCCGCUACCCACCUGGGGCUCCGCUCCCGUACCCCCAGGUAAUCAUGCCACGCCUGCGCCCGGCACCCUAUGUGCCCCCACUGCAGCACCUGCCCCCUCUGAACAAUAACAACAACAACAACAACAACCACCACCAUCAGCACCACAACCCUCCUCCCUUCAACCCUCAUCAGCACAACUUGGACGUGAUGGACAUGCCCAUGCACUACGGACCGCCACACCGCUACUACAGACGCUUCUAAUGCUGCGAGAGGAGUGUUUUUCCCGGUGUGACCCAUCUACCCCUGCACACACACACACACACACACACGUGCCCUCACUAGUUUUUCAGUAACAUUUUUCAGGUCUGAUCUUUGUUUCCUUUUAUUGUGCAUUACCUUUUUAAAAUUUUUUUCCAUCAGUUUUCACAGUUCAUGUCUUGAGUUCCCGUUUAUAUUUUUGAGUAAUAAAAAUAUAAAAUAAAAUAAAAAAACUUGUUAGCAUUCCCUUCGGUAUCUUUUGUGUAGCGUGUGAGACUGCAAAGAUUUCUAAUAAAACUUUCUCUUCAUGUUUGUAA